ACAGAAAAGCCCACGACGCAUUGUGGUUUUCAAUCCCGCUCAUCUCUUCUCAUGAUUGAAUAUGACUAAGAAACCUUUUUGGGAAGACCUCCUACAUCUCUUACAGAGUUCUGUCCCACGACACUUGAUUUAAGCCAUCGACAUCUCUGCCCUAGGGGUGUUUAGACGAGCAAUUUCGAACUUCCCGCACUCUGCUAGAGAUAUCUCUCCCGUACUUGCCGCAUAUUUUCUUAUAAACCCUCCCAUCCCCUCAACAUGUCUCCCAACAGCCAACUCCAACCCCCACUCCUCGACCACCUAAUCCUCUUCCUCCCCCCUUCCCCCACAACUUCUUUCCCCCUAAUCCCCCCGUCUUUAACCACCGCCUUCACUCUCACUCCUGGCGGCCGCCAUGCCGACAACUUCUCCUCCAACACCCUCAUUUUACUAUCCGAUGGCUGCUACAUCGAAUUAAUCUGCUUUCUCCCGCCCUCGGCUUCAAACCUCUCGACGCACUGGUGGGGUCCGGAUCCGAAUAGGCGCGGUUGGACGGAUUGGUGUUUAACCACCCUGCCUCCGACCACUUCUGAUGAGAAUUAUGAAAGAAUCAAGUCCACCCAUGUUCAGCCUGUUAGAGGCGGACGAAAGCGACCAGAUGGUCAACACGUAAAAUGGGCAGUAACCUUUCCACACGGCGACAACGGAGGCCAAGCCAUCCGCGGCAAAGUCCCCUUUUUCUGCCACGAUGAAACCCCCCGGGAACUACGGGUCCCAAUGACAGGGGAUUCGACAACGCAUUCGUGUAAAGCCGUGGGUGUGAAAGAGCUCACAGUUGUCGUGAAAGGGACGCAAGAACUAUUUUCCCUUUCCGCUGUCUAUGAGGGGAUUCUUGGGACGGCUGCCCGUGGAGUUAGGACGAAGGAGGAGGUGGAGAACCAGGUUGUUUUUGAAAUUGCGAGGGUUAAGGAGGUGGAGGUAUUGGCCGAGGGGCCGAGGGUCGUGCUGAGGGUGCCUAGAAACGAGGAUGAAGAGGAAAGGGUUAGGGAGAAGGGGUUUUGGUUUGGGGAUGUGGUGCUUGCAGUCAAGGUUGAAGACGGGGAUGACGUUGGCAGGAAGGAGAGGGUGGAUGGAGGACGGGAUGAUGUUGGGGGUUUGUGGAUUGAAUAUGUGGGGGUGGGGAGUAGUGCGAGGCUGUGAUUGGGGGAGAACGUAGUAAGGAAGGAAGUGGAAUGGAAGUAUAUUUGCGCCUGGAAGCUAUCAAGCCAUUGUUCUUUG